AUGGGAAAUAUAACUGCUAAGAGGAAUGAUCCAAGCUCGAGUUCCGUAGACGGUGUUUACAAACAGAAAGAGGAUCAUUUCAAGCAGAUAAACGCGCAUUUCAACAACAGUUCGAGUGGUAGAUCUUUUGCCAGUGUCAGCAGUCAACAAUCCACCUACAGCUUCGCUAGACCUUGGUCCAGAGUUUCCAGACGAAGGUGGAAAGAAUCUACACUCACCCUUCCCUACGAAUCGAGUAAAACAGCUUGGCCCGUCUCCCAGUCGGAAUCCUGUUUCUUGCCCGAGUUUCCCGUGUCGAUUUCCUAUAACGAGAAAAGGUUCGAAGUAAUCGAAGAAGUAAACAAGGGAUCGUUCGGUAAGGUUUACAAAGCACAAGACUUGGAAUCCGGACGUAUAUUUGCUUUGAAAGUCCUCUCCAAGUCAAAGAUCAUUAAAGAAAACUCAGUGCAGCAAGUGAAGGACGAAGUACAGAUCCAGAAGGUUUGCGGACAUCAUCCCUUCAUAGUAAACUGUCCUUUCCAUUGGCAGAGCCGAAAGAGAUUAUUUAUUGUUACUGAUUUUGUAGAGGGAGGAGAAUUGUUCAGCUUGCUUAAGAGUUACAUAACCCUUCCCAUAGAAUUGGUGCGUUUAUAUGUUGCUCAGAUAGCUCUCGCUCUAGAUUUUCUACACAACGCCGGUGUUAUCUACAGAGACCUGAAACCUGAGAACAUCCUCCUUGAUGCAUCCGGCAACGCUCAGCUAAUCGACUUCGGCCUAUCGAAGUGGCUGUCUUACGGAUCCACCACGAAGACCAUUUGCGGCACGCUACGUUACAUGGAAGGUUUCCUGUUGCGUAGGAACCAAAGAACAGAUGUGCACUCACCACUAUCACGAUACCUAUGGCAACCGAUCAACAUUAAUUUAAUUUAUCAUGACGGAACAACUUUAACUUAUCCAAAGGUUUUUGGAUCAAAAU